UGAUUCGAUUGAUAUCAAAGUUAACACAUCCCGAAAAUGAUGCAAAUCAAGCUCCUGUUCGCUUUCAUGGCUGUCCUUUUGCUGGUCGUCCUGGGAGGCCAAGAGGCCGAUGCUGUCGACUGUCUUUCCAGGAAAUACAGAGGUCCUUGCGCCGUCUGGGAUAAUGAGCGAUGCAGGCGAGUUUGCAAGGAGGAUGGACUAGUCAGUGGUCACUGCAGUGCCAGGCUGAAGUGCUGGUGCGAAGGAUGCUGAGUUGGAAUUUAAAUAGGUAUUAACACUAAUAGUAAAUCAAAAAAAUAAACGCAACUUUACUACCAUACCUU